GCCAGGCAGAGAGGGGGAGGGGUGGGCCGCCGAGCUCCCCAGAGUUCGGGUGCGCGGGGUGCACUGGGCGAGCAGGGGCCCCAGAGCUGCUGCGCCGUCAGGGCAGGGUUGUGGCUGUGAGUCCUGGAGAUUGUGUGACUCCGGCUGUGUUGUGGGGCAAGGUAAACCUCUCCAGGGCACCACCGUUUGCUGGUCUGGCAGCCAGGGGUCUGGGUAGAGUCCUCCCUGGGCCAUGGGAACAGAAAGCCAGAUGGUGGAGUGUCCACUAUUGUGGGACAAAAUUACAAGAUGUAGCCCGGUGGCUUUGGGUGACAGGUCCACAUUCAAAGCAAGGUACAAUACAUGCAGGGUUUGUUAGAUGUGGGUUUUAUGCAUGUUUUAUACCAGCAUGUUUUCUUGCAUGUAUGUCUUGGUCUGCACAUAUGAACUAUUUAUGAACUUGUGUUUUCUAUAUAGCUGUCAUGGUGUUAGUGCUGUGGGCCACAUCAGAGUGCAGGGUACAUAUGCCUAUUUAGUGGGGGCCAUUGUGUACCUUUGAGUUGGAAGGUGUCAUAUUUAGUUCGCAUUUCUGUGGCCCUGCUGAGAUAUGGUCCAGUCUUGGUGAGGUAGGCCCACUGGAUGGGUUUGUGUGUUUGUAUGAUGAUUGAGUUGAGGGGGGAGAGUGCAUGUCUAGAACUCAGGUUCUACUUAUCAUGUGGAAUGUGAGAAACCCUAAGUCGCGUCUCAAGGUACUUAUGGAGCAGCUGGCACUGGUGUGAGGGGCUCUAGGUGGAAUGUGCAGGUUGUGUUUAUGGGAUCUUGGGCAGCCGAGCGAGGGGAAGGUUGUGUGUGUGCAACAGUCUCUAAGGGAUUCUUUUGUGACGUUGUUUGUGGGAGCCUGUCCAUGUUAUUGGGCUGGGAGGCAAGCUGGUCAGAAAACACUUGUGGGGAGGGAGGUGGCGUGACAAGGGCAUGUGGGCCUCAACCUCGAGAGAUCAGCCACAAGCUAUGUGUGCGUGCCUCCCUUCUUUGUGUUUAAGUGGCCGUGUGGGGCUGCUGUGGGGCUAUGUUAGGAAAAAAGCAGGAAGAUAAAUAUGGGGCAUAGCAAGGGCAACAGGCGGGAGGCUUGGGUGUCCUCAGGAUAGCUCAGCUAGUCUCUUUGUGUAGGGUCUGUGUGCAUACCCCUCUCCAGCCUGUCCAGCAUGUCAGGGUCAUUGGGAGGAGAGGCCUGGCUGCUGCAAGGAAAAUGAACUUGGACGGAGUGGCUCCUUGGUCAUGUUUACGUAAAGGCCGGGUGUGACUCUUGUCACUGAAAUGGAAAAAAGAAACAUGAAGUUUUUAGCCUCCUCCUCCUGCUUCACCCUCUCUCUGCCCCUCUUUCAGCUAUCUCUGCUUUUCUGUCUCUUCUGUUAUGCACACUGGGCCACUCCUACGACUGUGGAAGGGUCUGGGAACAGAAUUUGCUCACUAGGCAGAUUCCUUAGAACAGGUUUUCCUCACCUUCGGGGCCUGGGCCCUGCUGUAGAUGUGGUUGUGUGUGUGUGUGUGCGCGUGCGCGCACACAUGUAGGGAGUGAAUGGUUUGUGUUCUAAGUGUACAUACCACUGUACUGCGCCUAGCCUGGCUGGGAGGGUGGAUAUGCAUGGGGCAGGGAAGUCACUAUGGCUGGGGCCUCCUGGGGGUAGGGGGUUGCUGGCUACUGUGAGAGGCCUAUAUAACAGGUGCAUGAUGGCCUAGUGGAGGGAAAGGAGGUCUAGACUAGAACCAAAGGGGUUCUGACCCUACCGCUUCCUCACUGGCACUUUCCCUGGGUGAGCCUCAGUUCCUUAUCUGUAAAAUGGGGCUAAUUGCCUGCCCUGCCUAUCUUCCAACAGGGUUGUAAGAAAGUAGCACAUGGGAAAUGUACCUGGAAAGUAGCUACUGUUUGGGGACUAUGCCUAUGCCAACAAUUGUCAGCCCUCUGCCAUCACUGAGCCCCUUGUUGGGGCUUGGCUAAUAACAAUAGCAGUGAACAGUUAUUUGGCAUUCACUGUGUACCAGGCGCUAUUCUCAGUGCUUUUAUAUAGGAUCACUCAUUUAGUUUUCGCAAUGCCCUGUAGAAGUAGCUAUUCUAAUUAUCUCUCUUUUUCAGAUGAGACAACUGAGACCCAGAGAAGUAAUUUGCCCAAAGCCAUUUAGCUAGUAAGAGGUAAAGCUGGAUUUGAACACAGGCAGUCUGGUUCCAGAUCCUGUGGUCUUCUAUACUGUCCUCUGCUGCCUUUUCGAAGCUUUCCGUGGGUCUCUGCGCACACAUUUUUUCCCCAGUUUCUGUAUAACUUAGCACCAGCAUCAAUCCAUUUCAGAAGACCAGUGUGUUUAGACAGUGACUCAGGGAGUCCUUGCCUGGGUACUAGCUAAAAUGUUGAUGAGCCAGGUAAAAGAGAGAUUGUCCUUGUCUUGUGCGUCAGGAAGGGCCAAGAGGGAGGUGGCAUUUGAGUUUGAUCUUAACGCUUUGGAGGGCGUUGGGGAAGAGGUUGGGAAAAGGCUGCAUUUCUGGCAGGAGGACCAGCAUAGGCAAAGGCAUGGAGGUGCAGGAUGUAUUGAGGUUGGAAAGUAAACUGGGUACUUGAAGGGAGACUAACACAAGUCAAGAUUAGAAAGGAAGAUUGGAACUAGACCCUUGAAUGCCUGGAUGAGGAAUUUGAACUUUAUUCUGGAGUGAGUGGGGACCAGUGAAGGAUUCUAAGCCUAGAAGCGAUAUCACUUCAGCUGUACUGGGGACGUUGACCUUUAGUAAUAGGAAGGUUGGCUGGUAAAAAGUAAGCUUGGGGUCAGUGGAAUAGCUGAGAGGUCAUGGCCUUGGACCAUGCCAGUGUUAAAAGGCCCUGAGCUAGUUUGGGGGCCAGAGGCGGGUUGAAGGGAAGGCUUCCAGAGCCAUUCCCAAGCUGGGCUGCAGAUUCGACAGGACUUGGUGACUGCUGGAUAUGGGCAGCUAGGGAAAGGGCGGAGUCAGACGUGACACAAUUAGCACUUAGCACGUGAGACCUUGUGUGUUGAUUUCCACAACCAGCUGGCUGGCCAUAAGCCCCUUUGGAGCAGAAUUCGGCAGUUUGGAAGAGGGAAAGACUCAGCAUCUGGGUUCACACAGACCCGGAUUUGAAUUUUGACUCUGUGCCUCACAAGCUGUGUAACCUUGAGCAAGGUAUAUUUAUCCCUUUGUGAGUCUCAGUUUCCUCAUCUGUAAAAUUGGGAUAAUAUAAAUAUUGACUUUGAGGGGUCAUUUGAAGGGAAAUCAUUAAAUGAGAUAAUGCACGUAAAGCCCUGGAAGUAUAUCAGGCAAAGGGUGAGUUCCCAGAAGUGGUCAAGUACGCUUAUCAUCCCAGCUCCUGGCCAACUCAGUCUGGCACUGAGGAUGGCUUCCUUCCUGAGGGCAGAGAGACUCUAGGCAGACUUUGAAGAAUGCAGUUUCAUGCAUUCACCAAAAUAUUUAAAUCUCCCAUUAUAUAUCAGGCACUGUUCUAAGCACUGGGGAUAGCAGUAAACAAAACAGACAAAAACCUCUCCCUCCCUUGGAGAUUACAUUCUAGAGAUAAAUGAACACUAAAUGCCAAGAAAAAAAAGUAGGGGAGAAGGAUAGGAAGUUUGGGAAGGCAGCGGGUGGCCAGGGAAGGCCUCCAGAGGAAGGUAACUUUUGAGUUUAGGCUUAAAGGAGGUGGGGCAGCAAGACAUGAAGCUAUCUGAAGAAAGAACAUUCCCAGCAGAGGGAACAGCAAGAGGUGGAGUGUGUCUGGUGGCAGUGCUUUCAUCCCCACCUCAGACACACCUUUAAGAUCACACAGUCAGUCCAGAGUAGAGAAACAGUAAAAACAAAUAAAAAACGAAAAACCACAGAGCCACCAAACCUACCAUGAAGCCUGAUUUCUGCCUUUUUCUUCACCACUUCCCCCCACCAUUUUCCGGGACUGAGUUCCAAGAUGAUGAUAAGAGUGAGCACUUUCUGAGCAGUUACUAUGUGCCAGGUACUCUUCUAGGUACUACCAGUUAUUAACUCACUUACAACAACCCUAUGAAGUGGAGACUCUUCAUUAUCUCUACCUCACAGAUAAGGAAAAGGAGACACAAAGAGGUUAAAUUAAGUAACUUGCUCAGGGUCACAUAGCUAUUGUCUUCUCCACCUUCUAUAAGCCUUUGUAGGGCAGUGGCCAGUGGCGAGGCAGUCAACUCAGGAGAGCUGGGUCCAAACCUGAUUUGGUUAGCAGUGAGACCAGGGAAGAUCACCCUGCCGCUAUGUUCUCUAUACCUGAAAGUGAGGAGUUUAGAGUAUUUAAAACCUCAUUCUUCUCAUCUGUACAAUGGGAUUGACGAUGGUCCUUUUUGAGUGUUGAAAUAAGAUGAUGCAGAGAAAAUGUUUAGCUCUGUACCUGGCACAUAGUAUUUCAUAAAUGGCAGCUAUAAGUACCAUGGUGAUGAUAUUCUAGGUGAUCUCUGAGCUAGGCCAUCUUUGAACUUUUCUGGUUCUAAGAAGCCUCAAUAGUCCUUCUCCAAGUAUCUUGACAGCACAUAGCAAUGCCUCAGCAGGCACUACGCCUGCGUGGUUGUGCAAGUGGCCUACCCAAGGAGGUAAGUCGGGGAUUGGAAUCGAACCUUCACUUUGCUCAUCUGUGCAGAGCUGCUACCUCCUGGAGGUAGGGGCCCUUCCUCUAAUCUUCACAAAGGUGUUAUGUGGGCUAGUGGGGGCCCUCGUGGGUGCUGUUGAAAGAAAAACACAACUGUUUUUCUAUACACUCUACUUAUAACACUUCCGAUACAAAAUGUGUGGAUUUCUCCCACACUUCCAAUUCUCUGACACUAGCUGGAUAUCUACAGCUCAAUUUAAUUCUGACAGUACCUGGAGAUAGUGUCAGAUCCCACAAGGUAAGGGCUUGGUCCCACAAGACUGCUCCCACUUCAGAUGCCAUUUGCACGUCCAGGCCUCCUAUACUGACCAGCUAUAAACUGGAGUUUCCCAUGACCACUUCCUCAGAUUUGAUAAUUUCUAGAAUGGCUCAUAGAAAUGAGAGAAACACGUUUACUGAUUUAUUACGUAAUAAAGGAUAAGAUAAUAUAGAUGAAUAGUGAAUGAAGAUGUAUGAGCUCGAGACCUUCUGUUUCACAGAGUUGGGGUGCGCCGCCCUCCUGGCAUGUGGAUGUGUUUGCCAACCUCGAAGCUCUCUGGACCCCAUAGUUAAGGAAUUUUUAUGGAGGCUUCCUCACUUAGGCAUGAUCGAUUAGUAACUUAGUUUCCAGUCCCUCUCCCUUCCCCUGAGGUUAGAGGUGGGGUAGGACUGAAAGUUCCAAGCUUCUAAUCAUGACUUGGUCUUUCUUGUGACCAGCCCCCAUCCAGGAGCCCACCAAGAGUCACCUCAUUAGAACAAAAGAUGCUCCUAUCACCCAGGGAAUUCCAAGGGAUUUAGGAGCUUGGUGUUAGGAACCAGGGUCAAAGACCAACUAUUAGAACAAAAGAUGCUCCUAAUGCUUUAUCACUUAGAAAUUUCAAGAAUUUUAAGAGCUCUGUGUCUCUUAUGGAGACAAAGACCAAAUAUAUAUUCCUAUUGUAUCAAAAUAUCAUAGCUGUAAACAUACCCUUCACCCCGAUGUUAUAUAGGCAAGAACACAAGUGUUGGAGCCAAACUUCCUGGGAUCAGAUCCCAGCCCGGCUAAUAACUGGUCAUAGAUCCUUGGACGUGCUAUCUAGCACCUCUGAGCCUUGGUCUGUCACUUUAAAAUGGGGAAACUAACCACUACCUUUUAGAGUAGUGAAAAGGAAAGGAGCAAAUGAGGUAAUGCAAGUAAAGCACUGACUGUUGGGGAUCCCACUGGGCCAGUAGUAGUCGUGAAAGGGAGUGGGAGGCCUUGCUCUCUUUUCUCACUUUACAACCAGACCCAUCUGCAAUUUAACAACUGACAGGGUAGCACUGAUCCAGGUGUGUGUCUGGCUGUCAGGGCUCUUGAACUUUUGCACAUCAUCCCUGUUUUUCACCUUCCUCCUCUUUUUAUAGGAGAGGAGGCAGAGCAGUCUUUCGGGAACGUGAAAUGGACUAUGUAGGCAAGGCUGUUUAGUCCAGAUAGUAUCAAUACUAAAUGGGAAAAGAAGGUUUUUUGGAGGGGUGGGAAUUGUAUGAGGCACUCAUGCAGGACACAUCAGAGGAAAUGUGUCACCCAGGGUAUUCGGAAGAACACUCCCAGGCUUCAUGGAGGGUGGAUGAGAGGGACCAAGAGCUCUGCUUUCAGGUAAGCAGGACUAGCUCUGUGAACAGAUCCUGUCUGUUAUCAGCUCUGUGUGACUUUGGCUAAGUCACUGUAUGGCUCUGAAACGCAGAUCUUCAACUGAAAAAUGGGACACCCAAGCCCUGGCUGUACUUACAGAGGAGAGUGGCUGUGAGUUUCCUUCUAUGUGGUAACCACCACAGAUCACAUUUGGGUUACCUGCUACUCCUUUUGGAUGAGUCUUCCAGAAAGAGGUGAAGUCCUAAAGCCACCAGCUCUCAGACCCAAGAUUCCUCACUCCCGGUCUAUGCCCCCUAUCCAGUGUCCCCCAGAGACAGAGACAGGCUGGCACGUGUAUGAAUUAUGGUCUUUGGUGGUCUCCUGUGAGGAAAGUCUCUCAAUUUGAAUAUCUAGCAGCUUGGUCCAAUAAAAAAGCUCAAGCAAAUCUAUUUUGAUAUAUAAAAAAGAUCAUUAUAAUAAAAGACAACAUGCAAAUCUUUGAUUUCCUUUGAGCCCCAAGACUGGGCCAAAAGGACUUGAGAGUGAUCUAACAGGCUUCCCUGGAGCUAUGGGACUGAACUAAGCUGCUGUAUGUUUUAAAGCGAAUAAUAUGCAAAUUAUCUUGUUCUUGUACUUCUGGGGGUCAGUAGAACAAGGCUUUGCAAUAAUCUGUGUGACCUCCUAGGUCUGAUUGGAUAUGGCUAAGCAAAUAACCUGACAGAGGCUCCUGGGAAGUUCAGAGCCUGCAGAGCAGCCCAAGCAUCCUCUUUGACCCAAGAGCUAUACCACCACGCACCUCCUGGUGUCCCUUCCUUCCCAGUUCCCUUACUGAGGACAUAGUUUCUGUUUCUUCACAGAGGGAAGAGGCCCGGCAGAAGGGACUUGCUGAGCCACCCCCAUUCCGCUCCAUGUUGGCUGUGCUCUCAGGCUGGCACCAUGCCCCCCCCAGCAGAGGUGACGGACCCGUCCCAUGCCCCCGCCGUCCUGCACCAGCUCAAUGAGCAGCGGCUCCGUGGCCUCUUCUGUGACGUCACCCUCAUAGCCGGAGACACCAAGUUCCCUGCUCACCGCAGCGUCCUGGCUGCUUCUAGUCCCUUCUUCAGAGAGGCCCUGCUUGCUUCAGCCCCACUGCCCCUCCCACCAGUUACUGGGGGCUCAGCCCCCAACCCUGCCACCACCACAGCUGCCUCCUCUUCCUCUUCUGCCUCUUCUUCCUCUUCCUCCUCCUCCUCCUCCUCUUCUCCCCCUCCAGCCUCGCCCCCCACUUCAUCCCCACCCCGGGUCCUGGAGCUGCCAGGGGUGCCAGCAGCUGCCUUCUCCGAUGUCCUCAACUUCAUCUACAGUGCCCGGCUUGCACUGCCUGGCGGCGGAGGGGACGGGGCAGCUGUGGCAGAGAUCGGAGCUCUAGGGCGGCGUCUGGGCAUCUCCCGCCUGCAGGGCCUGGGGGAGGGAGGUGAUGCCUGGUUACCUCCUGCCCCAGCCCCAAUGGCCACCUCGCAGCCUGAAGAGGACAGCUUUGGGCCUGGGCCUAGGCCAGACGGGGAGUGGGAAAGUGACAGGGCUGAGGCCCAGGCCUCUGACUUGCAGCCCCCACUGCCCCGGCGCCCCGUCCUCUGCCCCCGAUGUGGGAAAAGCUUCAUCCAUCCUAAGAGGCUACAGACCCAUGAGGCACAGUGCCGUAGGGGGGCCAGCAGUCGGGGGUCUGCAGGACUGGGAGCCGGGGGCUCUGGCCCCAGUGGCCCGGCAGGAGUGGAGGCCUCAGCUCUGCCUCCUGCAGUGGGCUUCAGAGGUGGCCCCGAGCAUGUAGUGAAGGUGGUGGGCGGCCACGUGCUGUAUGUGUGCGCGGCCUGUGAGCGUUCCUACGUGACCCUGUCCAGCCUGAAGCGGCACAGCAACGUACACUCCUGGCGGAGGAAGUACCCCUGCCGCUACUGCGAGAAGGUGUUUGCCCUGGCUGAGUACCGUACCAAGCAUGAGGUGUGGCACACCGGGGAGCGCAGGUACCAGUGCAUCUUCUGCUGGGAGACCUUUGUCACUUACUAUAACCUGAAGACCCACCAGCGAGCCUUCCAUGGCAUUAGCCCAGGCCUCCUAGCCAGUGAGAAGACACCCAAUGGAGGCUAUAAGCCCAAGCUCAAUACCCUUAAGCUGUACCGCCUGCUCCCCAUGCGAGCAGCCAAGCGGCCCUACAAGACCUACAGCCAGGGAGCCCCUGAGGCCCCGCUUUCUCCAAACCUCAACACAUCAGCCCCUGCAGCAAUGCCAGCCAGCCCACCACCCAGACCCCCACCUGCCCCAAAGCCUUGUCCCCCACCCUCUGUCAUCACUUUUGCCCAUCCAGCUCCCUCUGUCAUUGUUCAUGGGGGCAGUAGUAAUGGGGGAGCAGGGGGUGGGCUGGCCAGCACAGGGGGGGCCCAAGCUGCCUCAGUCAUCACUUACACUGCUCCCCCAAGGCCUCCCAAAAAACGUGAGUACCCACCUCCUCCACCAGAGCCUGCAGCCACACCAGCCAGCCCAGCCAUAGCAGGCAGCCCAGCAACGGCUGCAGGGCCUGCCACAGCCACAGAGGAGGCCAAAAACCGAAACCUGCGGGCUGGAAGGACUCUGACCUACACAGCCAAGCCAGCUGGUGGGAUUGGCGGGGGCGGGGGUCCUCCUGCAGGGUCUGGUCGGGGCCCCUCUCAGUUACAGGCACCACCUCCACUGUGUCAGAUCACUGUGCGAAUCGGUGAGGAGGCCAUUGUCAAGCGCCGCAUCUCAGAAACUGACUUGCGUCCUGGGGAGCUGAGUGGAGAGGAGGUAGAGGAGAGCGAGGACGACGAUGAAGAGGAAGACGAGGAGGAGGAGGAAGAGGAGGAAGAGGAAUCGAAGGAUGGUGCGGAGGACCAGCUCUGGAGGCCCUACUACUCCUACAAACCCAAGCGCAAGGCUGGAGCUGCAGGCUCCAGCAGCAGUGGGGGCAGUGGGAUGCCUAGAGGCCGCAGGCCACCACGCUGGAGACAGAAGCUAGAACGGAGGAGCUGGGAGGACACCCCAGCGGCUGAGGGCCCCACGGGGCGUGCCUGUGGUGAGCGUAGGCACCGCUGUGGGGACUGUGUCCAGACAUUCGCCACCUUGAGGAAGCUGCGAAAGCACCAGGAGGCCCACAGUGGGGGCUCCCACAGCUCCCGAGCUGGACGGAGGCCUUCCACCCGCUUCACCUGCCCUCAUUGCUCCAAGGUGUGCAAGACUGCAGCUGCCCUGAGCCGCCACGGGCAGAGGCAUGCUGCUGAGCGGCCUGGGGGCACACCCACACCUGUCAUUGCCUACUCCAAGGGCAGCACUGGCACCAGACCUGGGGAUGUCAAGGAAGAAGCCCCCCAAGAAAUGCAAGUCUCCUCAUCCAGUGGGGAGGCAGGUGGCGGGAGUGCUGCUGCUGAGGAAGCUUCUGAGACCGCCUCACUCCAGGACCCUGUCAUCUCAGGGGGUGAGGAGCCCCCAGUGUUGGCAGGAGGGGGUACCUAUGCAUACCCGCCUGUGCAGGAAUUUCCGCUGGCUCUGAUUGGGAGUGGCCGGGAACCUGGUGGUGGCAGAGGAAAACCUGGGAGUGAUGGGCCAGGGGGGGUUGGGGAAGGGGACCGGAUGGAAGGAAUGGGGGCUGCCAAAGUCACUUUCUACCCUGAGCCCUACCCACUUGUCUAUGGCCCCCAGCUCCUUGCUGCCUACCCUUACAACUUCAGCAACUUGGCUGCUCUCCCAGUUGCUCUUAACAUGGUCCUACCUGAUGAGAAAGGUGGAGGGUCUCUUCCCUUCCUACCAGGGGUCUUUGGCUACGCAGUCAAUCCUCAAGCAGCACCCCCUAUGCCCCCAACUCCACCUCCCCCAACUCUUCCUCCACCAGUCCCCCCUAAGGGAGAAGGGGAACGAGCAAGGGUCGAGGGAACCCAGAAGGGAGAUGUGGGGUGAGCUCUGGGCCCAGAUCCCCCCUUUCACCAAAUGCCACCCACCCUGAACCCCCUGCCACUACCAGCCCCUGGCCUCCCUACCCCUUGGGAGCCCCUCCACAUUUUUGUGCAGGGACUUAGGGGCCCCUGGAGCUCAGGAGUCAGGCUGUUUUGUGUGAGAUUGUAGUUUUCCCAUCUCCUGGGAAGGGAUCUUUGGUGGUUCCCCUCUCAGUUCUCCACCAGGGAAUGGCCUCCAUGAGGGGCAGGGCCAGCUCCCAUCCCUUCUCCAGCCCUUGGGGCAACUGAGCAAUAUACUUAUAUAAAUCUCUACUCAUGGCCCCCACCAGCUCUGAAUGUCUAACCUACCCCCCUGAUUCGUAAAACUAGGGGGAAACCAUCUCCCUCACCUAAUGAUCCCCCCUCAUUUUGAAGCUUUCUCUAAGCCCUUGCCAAGAUGCUUCCUAGCACAUUCCAUUCGUGGCCCAGGGCCUGGACCAGACCAUUGUGAUACCCGACACCUAUCCACCUGGAAGCUUGGCUUUGGAUUCUAUUCUUCCUAGGGUGGAUUUCUGUGUCCCUGUUUCCUCCACGUUAAAUUGCCAUGCCUUCCUUAGCUUCCAUGCCUUUGGAUCUUCCAUAUUCCUCCUCAUUCUCCUUGACUCUGCAGAAGGCCUCUCCUAAUUCAGGUCGAGGAGGUGUUGGGGGGAGGGCUACCCAUCUGCUUCACAGUUAAGCACUUUCCCAGCCCAGGGCAGCACCAAUAUUGGCCCUAUCUUUACCCCCAAAUCCAGUGAGCCCCAGAUUCUUCCAAGGCAAAAGAAGUGAAUAGAUCACACCUCUUCCUGCCUAUACAUAUGGCCUCUUCUGGGCUAACCCAGAUUUGGGGGCUAGGAGGGAGGAGUUCCUUAUGGGAUGGGGAAGGGAAUCUACUUUCUCCCUAUUUUUUCCUGAUGGUUUCUCCCAGACUAGACCAAAUAGCCAGAAAAAUGAUGGGGGUUAGAUGGGUGGGUAAGCCCAAGAUUUGCACAUGACCUCCCAUCCUUACCUUUACCCCCAUCUUCCCCAAUGUCACUUCCCUCACCAAUCACUCCAGAUGGUUUUUGGGGAACCAUUCUACUCCCUUGGUGGGCUUUGAGGUAUCCCCACCAACUUUCCCUCCAAAAUAGCACCUUAUACCCCAUCUUUGACUCAGUUCCCCACACCCAAAGAUCCCAGCCUAGGGAUGGGGUGCAGGGACUUUUAAUAGUCCCUAAUCCCUAAUUUGCACUAGUUAACCCUGGCCAAGGGUCCCCUUUCUUUCCAGUGGGGAGUUGAAAUGUUUGCUCCUAAUUCUCUGAUAACUGGGUCUUCCCAGUCUGUGAUUGGAUGAAUAUUUCCCAUUUUACCCGCCUCCCUCCACCCUCAAAAAAACAAAAACAAAAACAAAAACAGCUCACAAGGGUAGAGCCAGUUUUGGGGAGCAAAUUUGAUAAAUGGGAAUUAGAGGAGUGCAGUUUUAAAAAGGGGAAAGUUGCUGUUAUCAAAAUGGCAGCCUUUUUUCCAGCUACUGUUUCUAGAGCCAAGAUGGCUGCCCUCAACAGAUGUUGAAAGGGCAAGAUCAUGGCUUUUGGAAGGAGGUGCGUUUGUGGAGAGGGACAGGAGCAUCCUCCUGCCUCCUCUUACCCUCCCAGCCUAUACAAAGGGAGAGGCUUUUGACAGGCUCCCUGAAUGUUAACCACGGAGGAGUGUUACUCUUUCACUCCUCCUCUGUCUCUUUGCACUUUUCUUGGUCUUGGCCACAGUCCGAGUGAAGAGUUUUCCUACUGAAUGUACCAAGUUCCAAUUUUUAUGGGAGAAAAAAAAUUUUAAGCGGAAAAUGCAAAAAAAAAAAAAAAUCACUAAAAAGUUCCCACAAAUCUUGUUUCUGGCACUUUAGAAAAACUGCGAAAAAAGUACAUAAGAAUACAUAUAUCUAUCUACACACAAUAUAUAUAUAUGUAUACAUAUAUAUAUAUACACACACACACAUACACACAUAUACACAGCGGAACCAUAAGAGAGACUGAGGAAGGCCUUGGGAAAAGGAGGCAGAUAGGAUGACAUCCCCCUAUAUCCUUGUUCUGCACUCCUCUGAGGCAAAAAAAAAAAAAGCACAGGAGAUGGAAGGGGUUGAGGAUGCACCAGGGAAUUUGAAUUUCAGAACAGGUCAAAAUGCCAAAACCAUGGACAUUUUGGGAGAACUGAGAUUGUAGACAUUUAUUUUUUUGAAAAUAUGAUUUAGGAAAAUAGUUUCCAGAAUUUGGUGUUUCUGGGCAACAAAUGAGAUUGUGGCAAAAUGGAGAUUAAAAGAUGUAUCUGAGCUGGGGAACUUGAAUAUUGUGAGUGUCAGAUGUUGGAAGUUUGGGAUUUUACAAUUUCGUCUUGGAAAUUUUCAAGUCUUGUCAGUUUGUGCCCUCUUUCCCCAUGUUCCCUGGGAAGAGGGGUGAUGGUGGAGUGGGAAGGCCACUGGUUCUGUGCCACAGCACGCAAGAUUUAGAAUUCUACAGAUUCUAGCUCUAUAUGUAGUGAGGACCCAGAUUUAGAGAAACUGACCGAUAUUUAUCUCCGCAUUUGUGUGUGUGUCCAACUCUCUAGGCCAAUAAACCAACAAGACAAAUGAACUGUG